AUGAACAACAAUAUUAAUGAAAGUAGAGAAAUUGAUUACAGUUUGCGCUUUUCUCCGUGCUCCUCGUUUUUGGCCGUUUCAAGUGAUAAAGGAACCAUUCAUAUAUUUACGGUACGUGACCAGGGCGAUGAUAAAUGGAGUUCGAAGAGGACAAUCCUUCAACAAGUUGGUUUAAUCAAAGAUGAAGCAAGACGAAGUUGUGCGCAAUUCUCACUGCCGAACAGCGACCAGGUAGCUGAGGUAGCAUUCGUAUCAUCUGCAAAUCAAACACGUAUUGGAGGGCAUGCACCUGGCACUGUGUUGAAAAAACAGUCAGUGAUAGCGAUUUGUACGGAUGGCACAUACCAUCGUUUCAUGUUCACAUCGGAUGGUAUGUGCACUCGUGAGGGCUUCGAUUAUUUCUUGGACUUGGGUGACGAGCAAGAGUUUUGGAGUACUCAAUUUUAA